AUGGAUUCGUUCGCGGGCAACAGGUUGACCUUCCAGGAGACUGACGAGGCUGAUACUGCUAUCACCACUUUUAUUUAUUCGGAGCAGGAUGAUGGGAUGUCGAAGCAGCCCACGGGCCGGGUGGAUGUCAUGGAUUCAUCCCCCACAGACACUACUUCAUGGCUCGAUCAGCCCCUGAUCAAAUCGCUCAGCGAUGUCUUUCUUCCAUCGGGGUAUCCGCAUAGAGUCGGAGUCGGCAACGCGGACGCCUCGCCCACCUCCGCACUCCUCCUGCACAUCCUCCAAGACUCCUCCGGCCGGGUAGCGACAAUCUUAUUCGCGCACCGGGUGGGCACAGCCCUGGAACCAGAAUGCAAGAUGUACCGACUUGCAGCCGAUGUGUUUAACGACAUCGCCAUGAUCCUAGACUGUCUGUCGCCCGGUGUACCCGCCGGAUACAUGCGUGUGACUGUUCUCAGCACGGCAGGUGUGUUGAGGGCGCUAUGUGGUGUUGCGGGUGGGAGUUCGAAGGCGAGUCUCAGUGCGCAUUUCGCCAAGUGGGGAAAUUUGGCGGAGCUUAAUGCCACUAUGCGUCGAGAGGAGAGGGAGGAUAGGCUAAUUGAUGGGUUUGUGCAGAAAGAUUCGUCGCAGGAGACGGUUAUUUCGCUGGUUGGGAUGCUGGUCGGUUCUCUAGUCGUCUCUCAUGUAACCAGACUGGGAACUACAUGGGCAGCCCUCCUCUUCCUUCUCGGAUUGCAUCUGAGCAUGAACUACGCAGCCGUGCGAGCCGUGCAGAUGACCAGCCUGAACAGACAACGAGCCAACAUCGUCUUCUCAACACUCCUCAGCUCAGACCCAGAUCUGAGCAUCGAAGCACUCCGCUCUGGUUCCAGUUCUAAGACUCAAGAAAAGAAAAAACGUGUCUCGAGGUCAUCAUCAUCGAAAGCAACCCUCGAGAAAUGGAGACUCCUCACGCCCGCCGAAGUAGCAAGUCAAGAACGCAUCUUCCCUAAAGACGGAGCCCUCGAAUGGAUCUCCUACCAGCCAGACCAACAGCAAUCGCCCAUAAAACAGAACAUAGGCAGCGCAGCCAUCGGUGUCUCCUUACCCACAUUCUUCAGGGAUACCAAUACCAGCACUACAAGCACGAAAGGGAUUGUAUCAUCAUCAUCAUUCAAAACUUCCCUCCCAAUGGCCCAACUAUCCACCCUCUUCGAAGAAGAAGCAUACCUCUUCUUUCUGCGCCCAUCAUCAUCUUCGUCUUCAUCGAAGAAAGGGAAAUGGCACGCCUCGAUCCUACUGAAGAAGGGCUGUUCAAAGCAGGAUCGGUUGAAAGCGUGGGCGCACGCAUUGCUCGCUGUCUGGGUUCUGAAUGGGAAGAAAGACGUGAGUGAUCCGACUCAAAUACUUGAUGUUGUAUCGCGCACUUUGGCGUUCAUGUCGGAGCAGUCUCGCUUUGAGCGGUAUGUAGCGGCUCUCGCUGCGGCUGGGUGGGAUUUGGAUAUCGCGGCUUUGGAGACGAGAGGUGGGAGGCGGGUUUGCUUUUAG